AAAACUAUAGAAGACUUCAAUCGAAAGUGCUUGCCGACAAAGAUUUUUUCGGCGUACUCCAUAAGGAAGUGAACCUGAUGCUUGCUGUUUUUUGCCCAAUUGUGAUAUGCUGCUUCAUUCUUGAUUACAUUCGCAUGGAUUGCGGCUUUAUUUAUUAUAUCCUCAAUACAAGUGUUUUCAAUUUAUCAAAUGUUCUGAUAACAUUAAAUCUAUGCCAAUAUUUGGUAUCGUUACGUUUUGUGUACCAAAUGUAUCGGGGCUUAAAUGAGAUAUUGAAGGGACGCCUGAAUCAAGUUGGAUCAAUGACUUUAGACACGUACGAAGAUACUGCCAACGAUAUCUACAUAAGCGGAUUUUCUUGGUUUCACCGUGAAUUUUAUAGUUCGUGCUGCGGAGGGGGAAACAAGUUCAAAAUUUUAAAAUCAUUAAGUCGACCAUAUUUCGAUUUGGACCGAAUAAUGGCGAAAUUGACAAAGGUCUUUGGAAUUAUUUUACUUUUUAAUUUUCUUGGCUCGUUACUCAGCCUUGCUGUGGAGUGUUUUGCUGUAUACAAAUUCUUUGAUAAUGCGAAUAUUUUGGGAGACACAUUGCUGGAUGUACAUAAUAGGUUUUUGUGGCUUUUAAUACAUGUGGGACGCAUUCUGUUGAUUUUAAUCGCAAACCAUGCGAUCAUUGAAGAGAAAUGUCGUACAAUUUUUAUAAUAAACGAAUUGCAUAUUACAUCGAAGGAAAUGGAACGUGCGAUCAAUCGCUUUUUGCUUCGACUCAUGGUGCACCAGCCAGUGGAAAUGGCUUGUGGUGCAGUAGAUCUGGACUUGCUGGUCUUAAGUGGGAUUGCUGGUGCUAUGGCCAACUACAUUAUAUUUCUUAUACAAACCGAUGUGGGCAGAUUAACAAUGGAAAGAAGUCAAAAUAUUACAAUAGCAUUGUAAUGGCAUUGGUCUAUAAUCUAUCAAUUACUAAAUAUUUCAUGAAUUUCAAGGCACCAACAUUUUAUUGGAAAUCUAACGUGUCAACAAUACAAUACCAAAAAAAAAAAAUAUAUAGGAAUCAUCAACUAUCUCAAUUUGAUCUAAAUGUAAAAAGCAUUAACCGCAGAGUUAUCAAUUGUUUAAUACAGCACUUUGCAAAACAAAGAAAAAACCGAGCUCGUAAUGU